CUCAGUUUCCUGAGGGCGGUUGUGUGAUUCAGAUGAAGGAGAAUCCUCUCUGUUUUUUCUGAAAAAACACUUCUGAUAUUUGGCUGAACUCCAACUCCUCCUUCUGGGUGAUCGAUACCAUCCUCGCUUUUCUGUGUGGACUGGGGCUCUUUCUCCUGAUCCUUCCUUACCUGGAGAAUAACCCAUCCUUUGCUCCCCCUAGGAAACAUGGAAACAUCAGGAAGCAUCACAUGGAGUGGAGGGGAAGAAGCAGGAGCAGAAUAAGAAAUGGAGCUUUGAAAGCUUGCAGAGAUUGUCUGGAAGCACUGGAAGAGGUCUGGGACCUGACUUCACUUCUGCAAAGACUUCUGAGGAGGCUCCCUGACAAGGGCGGCUUUCAUCAGGAAACCCAAAGGCCUGGGGAGUUACCCAAUUCUGUUAGGAAGCACCCAGCUGACAAGCACAGCCCUCAGACCUGGGAGGUGUCUGUGAGCUGGAUUAUCACAUACCCAGACUUCGAGAAGCUGCAUCCCUUCAGGAGUGACAUUGCCAUGUUGCAGCUGCUCUUUCCUGCGAACUUCACCUCCUACAGCAUCCCUGCCUGCCUCCCAGUCCCUGGCAUGAAGCUCCCCAGUAACUCAUCCUGCUGGAUAACCAGCUGGGGGAUGCUCAACGAGGAAACACUUCUGCUCAAUCCUUUCCAUCUCCAGGAGGGAAGGUGAACUUCAUUGAGAACAAGUUCUGUAAACUGUUAUACGGAGAUGGAAAAGGCAAGACUGCUCUGUCCAUGUGGACAUGCUGUGUGCUGGGGACUUCUCCACGGGAAAGUGCAUCUGCCAAAAUCCCUUGAGUCGUAUUGUUGGAGGAAAAGGUAUGCAUGUAUUCAGCUUUGGCAGAUAUUACCAAAUGUCUCCAAAGUGGUUUACCAUUUCCACUCAUUCGAGCAGUGGAUGAAGAGUUUAUAAUCUCACCAAUACUUAGCAUUUUCCAUCUUUUUUCAUUUUAAUAGCUUACUGUAGUUGGAUUUUCUUGAUGACCAAUUAAAUAUACUUUCACGUAUUUAUUAUUAUCAGAUAUCUUUUCUUUUCAAGAUUUCCCCCCUCUUCUUUUUCUGUUGGGUGCUCUGUCUCUUCCUCUGGGGGCUCUUUAUGUAUUUUAUAUAUUUCAGAUAUGAGUCCACUAUAGGAUAUUGGUUUUUUGUGUAUUUUUUUUGCAUUUGUUUGUUUUCCUCUUUUGGCUGUGUUGGGUGGGCACUAGUUAUGGCACUCAGGCACAUCAUUUCAGUGUGUGGGACUCUCUCAGUGGUAGCAUGUGAGCUACAAGAAUGUGAGCUCAGUAGUUGCAGUAUGUGGACUUAG